CCGCCGGGGCCCGGGCCGUGUAACAUGACCCGAGCGGCCGGCCGGCCGGCGCGGCCAUUGAGCCCUCCCUGCCCAUGAAUCUCUGGCGCGUCUCAGCCCGCUCGCCUCCCGCCUCCUCGCUCCCCCUCCAGCACCGCGGGCUCCGUGCGCCUCUCCCUCUCCCUCCCGGUCCUCCCGCUGCCCGUCUCCUCCACCGCCCGCCUCUCGCCACUGCCUCCCGUCUGCUCUCCCGCACGGCAGCCUCGGUCUCUUUCUCCCUCUCUCCUUUGAAAACUGAUCUUUGGCUCUUAGUGUGAAAGUGAUUUGAAUUUGGCUCGGCGGCGCUCUGCGCCUGCGCUCAGCCUCUGGCAUGCUGGCUCCUUCCAAGCAGCUGUUUUGGGUUUGAAAUUCCAACAUGGCAGAGGCUGCAGUCCGUCUUCCCUUCAAAAACUUGGAAUGAUUUCAAAUCAUAGGCACCUUCACUUAACCCCGGCUUCCAUUCAUCAGCAAACACAUCGGAUCGAUGCUACGCUAACCUAUCGGGUUCUCGCUCCACGCGUUCAGGUUAAAUGAAUACCUGACGAAAGGGCCCACGUUUCAAGGCAGUGACAUUUGAUAGCUGAGAGGAAAAGUGGCUUUAAUGAAAAGCAACCUUUGGAAUUCCUGCUUGUGAGAAAUCCAAUUCAGCUUUUUGUGCUGCCAGCAAGAAAUGAUCAGUAGCACCAGUGUUUAUGGCUUGAAGAUGCAGUGGACGCCAGAGCAUGCCCAGUGGCCAGAACAGCACUUCGACAUCACCUCCACCACGCGGUCUCCCGCCCACAAAGUGGAAGCCUACAGGGGCCACCUGCAGCGCACUUAUCAGUAUGCCUGGGCAAAUGAUGACAUAUCUGCCCUGACUGCAUCCAACCUCCUCAAGAAAUAUGCAGAGAAGUAUUCUGGCAUUCUGGAAGGUCCUGUGGACCGACCCGUGCUCAGCAGCUACUCAGAUGCACCAUCAGGACUAGUGAAUGGUCGCAAAAAUGAAAGUGAACCCUGGCAGCCUUCCCUGAAUUCCGAAGCUGUUUAUCCCAUGAACUGUGUUCCCGAUGUUAUCACUGCCAGCAAAGCUGGAGUCAGUUCAGCCCUCCCUCCAGCAGAUGUCUCUGCAAGUAUAGGGAGCUCUCCCGGGGUGGCCAGCAACCUGACUGAACCUAGCUAUUCAAGUAGUACCUGUGGAAGCCACACUGUACCCAGUCUUCAUGCAGGGCUCCCAACUCAGGAAUAUGCCCCGGGAUACAACGGAUCAUAUUUGCAUUCUACGUACAGUAGCCAGCCAGCACCUGCACUUCCUUCACCUCAUCCAUCCCCUUUGCAUAGCUCUGGGCUCCUACAGCCACCACCACCACCUCCUCCACCACCAGCCCUGGUCCCAGGCUACAAUGGGACUUCUAACCUCUCCAGUUACAGCUAUCCCUCUGCUAGCUAUCCUCCUCAGACUGCUGUGGGGUCUGGGUACAGCCCCGGAGGUGCACCCCCUCCUCCAUCAGCAUACCUGCCUUCAGGAAUUCCUGCUCCGACUCCCCUACCACCCACUACUGUUCCUGGCUACACCUACCAAGGUCAUGGUUUAACACCUAUUGCACCCUCAGCUCUGACAAACAGUUCUGCAAGUUCUCUCAAAAGGAAAGCUUUCUAUAUGGCAGGGCAAGGAGAUAUGGACUCCAGUUAUGGAAAUUAUAGCUAUGGCCAACAGAGAUCUACACAGAGUCCUAUGUACAGGAUGCCCGACAACAGCAUUUCAAACACAAAUCGGGGAAAUGGCUUUGACAGAAGUGCUGAAACAUCAUCCUUAGCAUUUAAGCCAACGAAGCAGCUAAUGUCCUCUGAACAGCAAAGGAAAUUCAGCAGCCAGUCCAAUAGGGCUCUGACCCCUCCUUCCUACAGUACUGCUAAAAAUUCACUGGGAUCAAGAUCCAGUGAGUCCUUUGGGAAGUACACAUCACCAGUAAUGAGUGAGCAUGGAGAGGAGCACAGGCAGCUCCUCUCUCACACAAUGCAAGGCCCUGGACUCCGUGCAGCUACCUCAUCCAACCACUCUGUGGAGGAACAACUGAAGAAUACUGACACGCACCUCAUUGACCUGGUAACCAAUGAGAUUAUCACCCAAGGACCUCCAGUGGACUGGAAUGACAUUGCUGGUCUCGACCUGGUGAAGGCUGUCAUUAAGGAGGAAGUCCUAUGGCCAGUGCUGAGGUCAGAUGCGUUCAGUGGACUGACGGCCUUACCUCGGAGCAUCCUUUUAUUUGGACCUCGGGGAACAGGCAAAACAUUAUUGGGCAGGUGCAUAGCUAGUCAGCUGGGGGCCACAUUUUUCAAAAUUGCUGGUUCUGGACUAGUUGCCAAGUGGUUAGGAGAAGCAGAGAAAAUUAUCCAUGCCUCAUUUCUUGUGGCCAGGUGUCGCCAGCCCUCAGUGAUUUUUGUUAGUGACAUUGACAUGCUUCUCUCCGCUCAAGUGAGUGAGGAACACAGUCCAGUCAGUCGGAUGAGAACCGAAUUUCUGAUGCAGCUGGACACUGUACUAACUUCAGCUGAGGACCAAAUCGUAGUAAUUUGUGCCACCAGUAAACCAGAAGAAAUAGAUGAAUCUCUUCGGAGGUACUUCAUGAAACGACUUUUAAUCCCACUUCCUGACAGCACAGCGAGGCACCAGAUAAUAGUACAACUGCUCUCACAGCACAAUUACUGUCUCAAUGACAAGGAGUUUGCACUGCUCGUCCAGCGCACAGAAGGCUUUUCUGGACUAGACGUGGCUCAUUUGUGUCAGGAAGCAGCGGUGGGCCCCCUCCAUGCCAUGCCAGCCACAGACCUUUCAGCCAUUAUGCCCAGCCAGUUGAGGCCCAUUACAUAUCAAGACUUUGAAAAUGCUUUCUGCAAGAUUCAGCCUAGCAUAUCUCAAAAAGAGCUUGAUAUGUAUGUUGAAUGGAACAAAAUGUUUGGUUGCAGUCAGUGAUAACGUCUUAAAAAAUGUAAUGAAUGUUGGCACACACAUACAACCUGCUACAUAGGGAAUAGAGCCCCUUUCCAGUAGUGUUUCAAUUGCAAAGGGUACUGGGGAAAACGACGAUUAAGUUGCAUCUUCAGAGUCAGGGUGGAUUUGGAGGAAAAAUGCAUCAAAUGAGAGUUUCUGAUUGGAAAGCCCCAGAUGACAGAAAGCAUAUGUGGAUGCUCAGCUAGACAACACUCACCAAGGAGCAAGGUGCACGUGUGUUGAUUUCAGAAGGACAUGAACCUCGUGUGUUGAUUCCAUUCUGCUGUUCUCGAGAUUUAGUUGCUGUUAAGUGCCUGGAGUGGUGCUUUAUUUUUUGUUUGCCUCACAAUUACAUUGGUGGCAUGUGCUAAUAUAAAGAGCUUUAACUUCAAAUAUUAUUGGACUAAAGAGAUGAACGGUUGUGUUACGACAGAAAACCAGAUUUUUGCCAUUUUAAGAGCAACAGUAUUCCUCAAUCCUGUCUGUUCUGCAGUAUUAAGCUAAGAACAGGUAAAACAGGGUAACGGUAAUCUGGACCUUAAUUUCUGCAGUUCAUUUCUUUUAAUGUUCUUGUCUGCAAAAACUCAGGAAAGUGAUUGUGAUUUGUACAGUACCUCAAAGGAAUGUGUUGAAAGCACUAUGUACUGCUGAGAGUAAUAGGUUAGGCUUCAAUGUUACUUUAUAUUAAAAUGUAUGUUUACCUCAACAAUUGGAAAAUAGCAAGGAAAAUUUCUUUGAAUGUAUCCAGAAAAAAUACUGAAAUGUGAUACAACUGAAUAUUUACAAUUUAAAGUAGAAAUGGAAGGAUUUUUUAAAAAUUCUUUUACUAAUUAUGAGGAAUUAACCAGAGCAGAAUAAUUCUUUGUCAGUAACUGCAAGAGUUCUUAGUACAUUGCUCCUUGAUAACUAAGUGAAAAUGUUCUGAAAAGGUACACUGGUUAAUGGAAAGCUACUUAUUCAGUUUGUGUUAGUGUCUAGAACAGUCAGCCAUCGCUUCUUGGCCUUUUGGCUAAGAUGAAGUGUAGAACAGUCGGCCACAGACCUGGUUAGGACCCUGAAAGUCAAGUCACAGUACCUAAAAACUAUGACUGCAUUUUACUGCAUAGGUGGUAGUGGUGGUGGUGGUAGUAGUUCGAAAGAUAUAUCUUAAACUGCUGGGAAUGGUGUCAUUCUAUUCACUAAUCUAGUUUAUAGGCUUGCCGUGCUGUUUGAUAGAUUGCAGAGGAUAGCAACCAAAACAUACACACACACACACAGACACACACACACACACACACAAAUAAAACAAUCAUUCAGAGAACCUUUAUGUCCCCGCCCCUUUUUGACUCCACUCUUGUCAGUGCAAUUUUGCUUCUCAUUUUGAAAUCUGGGCUGUAGUGUUCCUGCAUUCAUUUCUACCUCAGUUUUGUUUUGUUUCUAUUAGAAAAUAAAAUAGAAAAUGGGAAGACACAAAACACCACAUAUAGCUUUGCCAAACAUAUCACUUUGUUCUCUUCCAUCUUUCCGCAGAAAUCCAGUUUCCCCAAACAUCAGUCUUUAUGCUGACUUCCACCUCAGUCCACCACCCCCCUCCCAUGGCAUAUGUGGCAUUUUUCUGACUUUCCCAUUCCUCUCCUGCUUCCCACCAAGUUGUUCUUUGUAUCCUUUAAUGCUUUAUGUGCAAAUCCUCAUUGAAAGCUGGCUGAUGUUCUCCAAUGCCUCUGAACAGUCACAGUGCGGGCUGUAGCUUUCCAGAGCCACUGCCUGUGCAUAAGCAGAACAGCCUAGCAUUUUGAAUGUAUUUUUUCUGGGUUUUUUUUCCUUUUUUAGUUUAGGGAUGCAGUAACAAAACUAUUGCAAAGCACUGGCAUUUUAUGUAUUCAAAUAAAUGAUGUACAUUUUUUAAAAAUUUAAAUAAAUGUAAUGAGAAGCCCCAAGAAAGGUCUUUCUGUUUUUUUUUUUCUCAAGAAAUUUUUUACUGAGCUCAUCUACUAUGUCAAAUUCUCUGAAAUACUUCACAUGGAGAAAGUUAAUGAGGGACUUCAUGAUAUUUCUGAAUUUUAUGAUGCAUGAUCAUUGUGGCCCUUUUUUUCAUGUUGAUAAAAAAAAAUGAGCAAAUGUACCAGAAUUUAAUUUACUAUGAUAUUCUAUCAAUUAAAACUGUGGUUAAAUAUGAAUAUCCCAUAUGAAAAAGCAGUGCCUUUCAUUAAGGAUACAAAAAAUAAUACUUAAGUACGUCCUCUGUUUUUCACAAGUCAAUAAAUGCUACAGGCCUGUUCUGGGUCUAUGUGCAUCCCUCGUUAUAAGGAAAUUCUAAUAUUCACAUUAACUUGUAGAUUCAUACUGAUCUCACUGACAAGUUUACUUUUGCACAGUGCUGAUCUAUUUUCUGUCUUUUACACAUUACAUCUCAUUUCCGCCAACAUGCUGUGUUCACCUGAAAGCAUCUGGCAAGUUUCAGAAACCCAGUCUUACUUAGACAACUUCGGAAAAUCCAAUAUCAACCCACAUUUUUGGUGGCUCAUGCAACUUAAUGCCAAAUAUAUGACUGUAUUGUUGUUUUUCACACACAUUUAUAAAACUGACAAUAAAUUGAAGUCGUACAUACUGCCUUUAGCUUUAAAUGACCUAAAAAUUAGUUUGAGAUAUAAGUGGUCAAAAAAUCCAUGUACUUAGCAGAAGCCGAAGUUGUGUGUGGUUUUCAUUUAGGCUCAGGACUUCUAGAAUUUAAUCUCUUAGGAAAUGAGGCAAGUUGAAGAAAUGAAGAUCUGUUGGAAGAGUUGAGGCUCAUGUUUGAGCAGAUAGUGCUCUCCUAUGGUUCUUUGUUUCUACAUGGCAGCAUUAUGAGCUCAUCUGUGGACUAGCCUGGUAAAGAGCUCUUUUCUGACCAUCUGUUUUGGGGCUUGAGGUAGGGAUGGAUAUCACAUCCUCAGAAGUGAGUGUGUACAAUCAGGGACAGUACAACUGAGUAAUCAGGCUUCAUCCUCUUGGCUCUUUUCAACUGCUCAGAAUUUGAGAAGACUCCUAAUAAAGGUAAGGUAAUAAAUCAGUCCAAAUCCCUUGGCCGUCUGGCCAGGAGAUUCAACCAGUCUGUUUAACAACACCGCAUUCUCCUCUUCACAACUGUAAUAACAUUUCAAGGAGGACGAAAAGGAAGUGAAAGAAACUACUUCAGUAGAAGGAUCAAUAGAAAUUCAAGAGGUAGUUUAUAAUGACCCGAUAUGUGACACAAAUGGAAAUACUCUACACUUCUGGCAAGCUGCUCUCCAAAAUAUUUAGAUCAUUAGUGACAAUAUGGAAAACUUUGCUGACUGAGCUGAUCAAUGGAAUGUGAAGGCAGUAUACUUUAAGGCUAUUUACUUUCACACAGAAUGUUUAUCUAUUAGUCAGUUUGUAUUCUACUCAAAUGCAGAUAGACGGGUAUAAUGUUUUCUUGUGCAUUUGAAACCUAUCAAGGAGAAAAUAAACCAUUUCACUGAAAUACAUAGGCCAAACAACCAUCUGGGCCAGUGAUAAAAGCUAUCCAGAGGCUAUGCUAUGUAAAAUAGCAAGGUCAAUUUACAUGGGUUGCAUAGUACUUGGCUAUGCAGUUUUCAAAAGAAUACAUCCAAAAUAAAAUCCAAAUUAAUUCCUACAAUAGGUCAUUAUAAAUUUAAAUAUAUUGGUGGGUUGGAAGCAUUUAGAAUCUCUUUCUCUGAAAAUAUCCAACUCCAAGCAGAAAGAUACUUCUGUAAUUCAACUCUCAUGUUUCUUAGCAAGAAUUGGGCAUCAUAAUCAUUGAAUCUGCAUUUUGCAAAGUGAAAGGGAUACAGUUUGUUGAACUAUUGAGGCCACUAAAGUAAAGUUCUAAUAUAUAUAUAUAUAUAAAUAAAUAUAAAUAUAACUAGCGUGUGUGUUUGUAUGUGUGUGUGCUGUUCUCACCACCACCUGUUUAAACUUUAAAACAAACAUUAUUUUACAUUAUUCAGAAUCAACCGAUUACUUCCUUUCUUUAUAUGUGCAGAGAUACAUGCAACUUCUUUACAAUUCAGUGUUUUAAUGUGGUUUUUUUCUUCAUGAAAAGUAAAGUCUUCAGUUGUUGAAUCAUCUGCCAAUUUUUCGGUGAAGCACAUUAGCAAACAUGGAGCUAUUAGUAUUUCAGAAUUCACAACCAGCUGUACUUGUGACUAACCAACACAUGAACUGAAGCUCACACUCUGCUAAGACCUUUGGUUGACAUUCGAUUUUGAACCUGCCAGAUGCAUUUGUGUGAACCAGGGAUACUGCAUCUUUAAUGAACAAGUCUCUCCUCUUUCCCCUGUUUUUAAAUACAACACAAGCAGUGUAGCACUAGGCACUGCAAUUGUCAAAGACAAUUAGACUGAAAGCAGGAAAAUUUCACCUCCCUGUCUCAGUGAUAUGUAGAAUGUCGGCAGCAUGGGUCAGAUUUGCCACAGAGUUGUGUGAGAAUAUAUGAAUCAGUCCUAUAGAAUGUUAAAUAUUUAUAAAAUGGAUCUGUAGUACACCAAGGUUGGGAGCACAUUCAUUCCUUCUUGUUGUUUUAUUAAAAAAAAAAAAAA